AUGGAGGCUAACAUGUUGGACACAAGCAAGCCCUUAUCUUCAGAAGGYGAUAACUUGCUUCUGGACUCAGACCUGUAUGAUGCAGACGGCUUUGACACCCCAGACCCUGGGCUGCUGUCAGAAAAGAAUGAGCUGUGUUCCCUGGAGCAGUCACAGGUCCUGCAGCUUUUCACCAGCACCCAGCGGUGGCAAAACAUGCCCCUGUGUACCCGCGCCCACCAGCUGUGGCUGCUCAUUCGUACUGGCCUCCACAACGUUGUGGAAAAGGAAAAGAGAGCUGAGCUGCGUGUUGCUCGCUUGACACAUGGGCUGGAGCCACUGCGCCGCCUGGAGGUGCCAGCUGGGCUGCGAUCCGUGGCACAAGACCCAGUGGGAGGACAUUUCGUGGUGCUGGAUGGGGCAGGUUGCCUGCACCUGCAUAAAAAGGAUGGCUGGGCUCAGGAGACGCUGCUGGCCCCUGUGGCACUUACUGGUCUGGUAGCUGUGUUGGGCCCUCUAGGAGCGGUGGGUCGCUUUGUAGGCUGGGGCCCCACAGGGCUGGCCAUACUAAGGCCAGACCUCAGCCUGCUGUGGUUGAGCCAGCCCGAGGUGGGUAGGGUGCUAGGCCGUGAGCCCACUUGCUGCCUGCCGGUGCCCAACCUGGGGCUGCUGCUUGUGGCUGAGGUGGGCGGCAGCCUGGCUCUCUUUAAGUUCCGCUCAGGUGGUCGACGCCUGGUGCUGCGUGGCUUACCCCUGCAGCCACCACCAGGCCUGGCGGGCACACUCAAGCGUCUGGCUCUGGGGCCAGGGUCUACCCACCAAGACACACACUGCUUCGCAGCCUACGGCUCAGCUGUGCUCACCUUCGAUCUACAAGCCUGGAAUCUCACAGAUGUGCGCCAAARUCUGCACAAAACCACCAUCUCUGACCUGGCCUACUUCGAGGAGGCAAAGGCCAUGGUGACGUCUUCCCAAGACAGUACGGUGAAGGUGUGGGAGGUUAACUGGCAGAUCCGCAUGGUGUUCGUGGGUCACACAGGCCCGGUGACAGCAAUGGUCAUUCUCCCGAACACCACCCGAGUGUCUUCCGCCUCUCAGGAUGGAACGUUGCGCACGUGGGACCUGCAGGCGGCGGCGCAGGUGGGAGAGGUGGCGCUGUGCUCCUGGGGCCAGGACGUGCUGUCCGCGCGCGUGAGCCGAUUGCUGGCACCUGCGGCCCGGGGCUGGCCGGUGCUCUCACUGUGCGCGAGCAGCGUGGAGCUUUGGCGCCUGAGCGAGCUCUACUCGCCAUUGGCGCAGCUGCCCGCGCCGGUGCUCCACCUCCAGGUGGCGCCUGCGCUACCAGCUCCAGUGAACCCAUCUCUGCCCACGCGCCUCGUAUGCGCUUGUGUGGAUGGCUCGGUCUACCUGGUGUCAGCUGCAACAGGGAGAACAGUGAGCGCACUGCUGCUCGAGGCCGAGGACUGCGCGGUUGCGGUGGCCUACUGCCUUCCGCGCGAGGCCCUGUGGCUGCUGACGCGCACAGGACAUCUGGUGCGCGCCAACGCAGCCUGCUGCCCCAUGAGCGUGCUGCAUCGUGUGUGCCCGCCACCGCCCCCGGCGCCACAGCCCUGUUGCUUGCACUUGUACAGCCACCUCACAGACCCCGGCAGCGCGUUAGCCUGCUGGGAGAUCGUGCGCCAGAACGAGGGCGAUCUGCGCCGCAGCGCCAUGGCCUGGGCUUGGAAGAACAAGAACCGGUACCUGCCAGUGAUUGGGCAUACAGACGGCACACUCUCGGUGCUUGACUGGCUCUCCUCGAAAACUGUGUUCCAUACAGAGGCGCACAGCCCAGGCCCUGUUACCGCCAUUGCGUCCACCUGGAACAGCAUCGUUUCUUCGGGUGGAGAUCUGACCGUGAAGAUGUGGCGUGUCUUCCCCUAUGCAGAGGAGAGCCUGAGCCUGCUGCGCACCUUCUCCUGCUGCCACCCGGUUGUGGUGCUUUGUGCUCUGGGUAAACGCAUCACUGUAGGUUUUGAGGACCCAAAUAGUGCCACCUAUGGCCUGGUGCAGUUUGGCUUGGGUGAGGGUCGUCGCUGUGACCACCGGCCCCAGGAUGAUCCCAUGGACCACAUCACUGGCUUGUGCUGCUGCCCCACACUCAAGCUGUAUGCCUGCUCCAGCCUGGACUGCACCAUCCGCAUCUGGACCUCUGAGAACCGCCUUCUGCGGCUCCUGCAGCUGGAUGGUUCCCCUCAGGCCCUGGCCUUCUCCAGCAACAGUGGAGACCUGGUGCUGGCAAUGGGUUCCCGUCUCUGCCUGGUCUCCCACAGGCUCUAUCUGCCCACAGCCUACCUAGUCAAGAACCUGUGCCAGAAGGCUCCUGAUGUGGUGGAUGACCCUCCAUUGCCACUGACCAGCCACGAGUCACUGACCUCCAUCCAGAUGCAGAGGCUCACCAACCUGCAUGGGGCAUUCAGUCUCAGCCCGGCCUUGCUCUCCACCCGUCGCCAGUCAGCGACACCUCAGCAGCUAGUGAUGAAGGAGGACUUGGAGGCCAUAAUGGCCCGUGACCAAGACCUUCAGGAGUUGAGGCUGGGACAGGUCAUCCCAGCAGCCCGGCCCCCACCCUCCUGGAAGCAGCGCCAGGAAGCCUUUGACAAUUACCUACGUUUGAUCUAUGGCCCUGGACUAUUGGACAUGCAGUUCAAAAGGGAGCCCCAGCAGGGGAGCGUCAUGACCCUCACCACAGAAAGAGAGCCAAGACAAGACAUGUGUACCCUGUCCAGAACUGCCUCCUGCUUUGGGCAGGCUACCAUCAGCAGUGAGGCCCAGACAGUACCCAAAGCCCUUCUCCACUCCCAGACCCCAGGGGCCCCAGGCCAGCGUUUUGCCCCCCCCCAAGUGAUCUUGCCCACCCCCCCAAGUGAUCUUGCCCCAUCCACCCACCACCAGAAGGUCCACAGCAAAGUGUCCAAGCUUCUGGCCUGCUCUUCCCUGAGCUGUGACUUGGGCCUCAGUCUGGAUCUGCAGAUGCAGUUGGAGCAGCUCAGAGAGGAGAUGACCAUGGCCUUGGACCCACCGUCGUCCCAUCUCCAGGUCCCACUUUGGCUGCAGAAACAGCCCAAGGAUCCUCUCUCAAAUCUCAAGGGCUUCUUUCCUGCCACUGUGCAGUCCCACAAGUACUGCCCACGACCCAUUAGUUUCCCUGGCUGUGUGCCCAACUCCGUGGUGCUUCAGCAGAUGUGGCCGUCCACAGAGAUCGAUGCAAGCCUGGAUGACCUAUGGCUACAGCGCCACAGGUGGUCCAAGUGGCACAGUAGGCUGAUGCAGUGGCUUCAUGGGAGGUCUGAGAAGGAAGAGGAAGAAGAGGAGGAGGAGGAGAAGGAACUGAAAAUAGACUGGAUCUCAGCUUCUCUGAGUUCACCCAGGAUGUAUUCUGACCAACAGUUAGAUUACUGGGAGGCAGAGUCCCAGAGCUUCCAUGAGGCCCCCAGGACCAAAAUCUACUUUGGCUCCCAGUACCACCAGGGGCAUUCACUCUGGGAAGAGCGCUAUGGGCAUCUGCCCAGGUUCCUGCACUCUUUCGUCAUCCAGAACUGGUUCAAAAAGCUGUUCCCCAUCUUCACCCUGGAGGCCUACCCUGAGAUGGGCACAGUGGAGGGCCUGGCCUCCAUGUUGGUGGACCUGCUGGCAGAGGCCACCUGGGAAGAGCGUGUGCAUAUCCUAAAUGCACUGCUGAGACUGCUGCCUGAUGUGAGCAGUGACCUCCACAGUCGGCUGCAGAGCCACCUCUUGCACUUGCUCAACUUGGACAACCCCCCCAGCCUCCAGGACCACAUUCAGAAGCAAUUUGUGAUGCUGGCACUGCAGCUGCUGCUGGCCUGCUCCCUGGAUUCCCGUGAUGUGGUGCUAGAGCUCAUGUCCUACUUCCUGUACUCUCCAGCUUCCGACCGGCCAGAGCUCAAGAAGCUGCUGAAUGGUCUGGGCCUCCGGGACCCAGAGGGCUUCCUGUUCAAGGAGAUGAUGACCUGGGUCCAGGGCUCCAAACUUAAUUCCAAGGCCAAGCUGCGCUUAUACUGCUGCCAGAAGCUGGAGGGCAUGAUCCAGCAGCUGAAGGGAGGACCAGUCACAGGCUUCAGCAGUCUCAGGGGCUCCUUCGAGCAUCUUCUGGCCGCAAGCCUCUCAGGCACUCCUCCAUGUCCUGGAGCCUCCCUUGCUUGUGGUGUCCCCCACAGAAUCCCGCUGGAAAAUACUGACUGGUCGCACUGGCAGAUGCUGGACCUGGACUACAUCGAUGCACUCAACUACUUCUGCGAGCAGCAUCAAGUAGAGCAGGAGAGUUUGAUCCAGAAGGAAACUGAACAGCCACCCCGCUCUGCAUCCCCGCGCCCUCCUGUGCCUAACACUGUGGUGGCGCCACCCAGGGAUCAAGGGCACUACCCCAUACUUAGACUGCAGGAAGCCAAGGCUCGGAGCUCUGGGAUGAGAAUGAAGGGCCGUGUGAUGUCACAUCUCAGCACCCACUGUGCCCGUUCACUGGACCGUUCCAUCCGGGUGCUAAAGCUGCCCCUGCCGAGAGUGGAGCUGCAGCCCUUCCCCCCAGGCUGGCCCGCACCCCCUCGUGCCCUGCCCCCGUUGCUCCUGCAGCCCACCCUGCAGCGCUACUUUCUGCCCGAAGAUGCGGAUCCUGACAGCUACAGCUGA